AUGCUCCGGCGACCGGCGGGCGCCUGGGCCUUGCUCGGCCCUCUGCUCUGGGGCUGCGGGCUGGCGCUGCUGCAGGGCGGGAUGCUCUAUCCCCGGGAGAGCCGGUCGCGGGAGCGCAAGGAACUGGACGGCCUCUGGAGCUUCCGCGCCGACUUCUCCGACAACCGGCGCCAGGGCUUCGAGCAGCAGUGGUACCGGGCGCCGCUGCGGGAGUCAGGCCCUACUCUGGACAUGCCGGUGCCCUCAAGUUUCAACGACGUGGGCCAGGACGGGCAGCUGCGGAGUUUUGUCGGCUGGGUGUGGUAUGAACGGGAGAUCACCCUGCCCCAGCGGUGGACCGAGGACCUGGGCAUGAGAGUGGUGCUGAGGAUUGGCAGCGCCCACUACUAUGCCAUCGUGUGGGUGAAUGGGGUCCACGUGGCAGAGCAUGAGGGGGGCCAUCUCCCCUUCGAGGCUGACAUCAGCAAGCUGGUCCAGAGCGGGCCCCUGUCCUCCUGCCGUAUCACCAUCGCCAUCAACAACACGCUGUCCCCCCACACCCUGCCGCCGGGGACCAUCCUCUACAAGACGGACCCCUCCAUGUACCCCAAGGGUUACUUUGUCCAGAACAUAAAGUUUGACUUCUUCAACUACGCGGGACUGCAUCGGACUGUGCUCCUCUACACCACACCUACCACCUACAUCGAUGACAUUACCGUCACCACCGACAUGGAUCAAGACAUCGGGCUGGUGAAUUACCAGAUCGUCGUCCAGGGCAGUGACCACUUCCAACUGGACGUGGGUCUUCUGGAUGAGGAAGGCAAAGUCGUGGCCAAGGGGGCAGGGGCCCAGGGCCAGCUGCAGGUGCCCAAUGCCCACCUCUGGUGGCCGUACCUGAUGCAUGAGCACCCUGCCUACCUGUAUUCGUUGGAGGUGAAGUUGACGGCGCAGACGGCUGUGGGGCCCGUGUCUGACUUCUACACCCUCCCCGUGGGGAUCCGCACCGUGGCCAUCACCGAGAGACAGUUCCUCAUCAAUGGGAAGCCGUUCUAUUUCCAAGGGGUCAACAAGCAUGAGGAUGCAGAUAUCCGAGGGAAGGGCUUUGACUGGCCGCUGCUGGUGAAGGACUUCAACCUGCUUCGCUGGCUGGGCGCCAACUCCUUCCGCACCAGCCACUACCCCUACGCGGAGGAGGUGCUGCAACUCUGUGACCGCUACGGGAUCGUGGUCAUCGAUGAGAGCCCCGGCGUGGGCAUCAUGUUGGCUGAGAGCUUCAGCAACGUAUCUCUGCAGCACCACCUGGAGGUGAUGGAGGAAAUGAUCCGCAGGGACAAGAAUCACCCGGCCGUUGUCAUGUGGUCCCUGGCCAAUGAGCCCGCUUCCUUCCUGAAACCGGCUGGUUACUACUUCAAGACGCUGAUUGCCCACACUAAAGCCUUGGACCCCUCCCGGCCUGUGACCUUUGUGACCAACACCAACUAUGAAGCAGAUUUGGGGGCGCCGUACGUGGACGUCAUCUGUGUGAACAGCUACUAUUCCUGGUACCACGACUAUGGGCACAUGGAGGUGAUUCAGCUGCAGCUGGCAACCCAGUUCGAGAACUGGUAUAAGGCCUACCAGAAGCCGAUGAUUCAGAGCGAGUACGGAGCAGGAACCAUUGCAGGGUUUCACGAGGAUCCACCACUGAUGUUCAGUGAAGAGUACCAGAAAGGCCUGCUCGAGCAGUAUCAUGUGGUUCUGGACCAAAAACGCAAAGAAUAUGUGGUUGGCGAGCUCAUCUGGAAUUUUGCUGAUUUCAUGACUAAUCAGUCACCAUUUCGGAUGAUGGGGAACAGAAAAGGGAUCUUCACUCGGCAGAGACAGCCAAAGAGUGCAGCAUUCCUGUUGCGAGAGAGAUACUGGAGACUUGCCAAUGAAACCAGGUACCACCAGUCAGCUGUGAAGUCACAGUGUGUGGGAAACAGCCUGUUUACUGUUUAA